AAAAUUAAAAAAAAAAAAAAUUAAAUUAAAUACAAAAAAAAUUUAACUUAAAUGCACGCUACGUAAGCCACACACAUACACCCACUCACACACAUACACACACACCUAGGCACACUCACGUGUACGUUAAUUAAAACGCGACUUUAACGCGAGCGCAUGAUAAACGCGUCGUCUCGUGCAAGCUCUAGUGUUUAACACACACACACACACACAUGCACACACCUCUACCGUUACAUUUGCAAAUGAAAGAUUUGCCGCUCUCACGCGCGCACGAUCAAUAGACACACUCUCGCUCUCUGUCUCACGCUCUCUCUUGAUUCGCACACGCUCUCUUUUGGGCACACACACAAAAUGGCGUCAACGGAGACGCCAACGUCGCGACAGAGUAGCGAUCGCAGCAAUGCCGCAGCGACUGCGCAAACGGACAGCGAAACCUAUGCAACGGAGCAGGCGCAAGCGGCGCAGCGACAGCGCAGCGGCGGCGGCGUUGGUUCGCCAACAUCGCAACAGGAUAAAUCAAAGACCGUUAGCCCGCCGUUAACAACGCCACCGGACGCCAACGCCAACGCGAACGCGAACGCGAACGCGAACGCCAAUGUCGACGUCAACGUCAACGUCAACGCGGGCAGCUCCUCGCCCGGGUCCCGUUCGACGCCGCAGCAUCAGCUGCCGCAACAGUUCUGCCUGCGCUGGAACAACUACCAAUCAAAUCUGACAACCAUAUUCGAUCAGCUGCUGCAAAACGAAUCCUUUGUCGAUGUGACGCUCGCCUGCGACGGCCGCUCGAUCAAGGCACACAAAAUGGUCCUCUCCGCCUGCUCGCCCUACUUCCAGACCCUGCUCGCCGAGACCCCCUGCCAGCAUCCGAUCGUCAUCAUGCGCGACGUCAGCUGGUGCGAUCUGAAGGCCAUUGUCGAGUUCAUGUAUCGCGGCGAAAUCAAUGUUAGCCAGGAUCAGAUUGGCCCGCUGCUGCGCAUUGCCGAGCUGCUCAAGGUACGCGGAUUGGCGGAUGUCACCCAAAUGGAGGAGAUCAAUACGGCAGCAGCAGCGGCGGCGGCAGCGGCAGCGGCAGCGGCAGCAACUGCCUCCUCGACACCGACUGCACAGCAUUCGCCCAAGAAUUCGCCGGCUGAGCGCGAGGGCAGCGAAGAUCAGCUGCUCUCUUUUAUGCAGCCCGAGAAGAAGCUGCGCAGCGGCGACUGGGACUGCGGCGAACUGCGCUUGUCGCCGCUGGAACGCCAGCAGAGCCGCAAUGUGCGCAAGCGUCGCUGGCCCUCGGCCGACGCCAUAUUCCAGGCGCCCGCCAGCCCGCUGAGCAGCCUGAUCGCCGCCGAGCGUUUGGAGCAGGAGCAAAAGGAGCGUGAGAGACAGCGCGAUUGCGGCAUUUUGACGCCGCCGCCCAAGCAAAUGGCGCUGCCGCUAGGCUCCUCGGGCAGCGGCAGCGUUACGCCGCGUCGUCUGACGCCCGCUGCGGCAGCGCUGGAAACGGCGCUGCAUGGCCUGGACAUGCCAUCACCCGCAACAACGCCAGCGCCAGCGGCAGUGGCAGCGGCAGCGGCAGCGGGUCGCUGCCAACGCACACUCGCGCAGUCGCUGCCCAGUCCGCAGCAGCAGCAGCAGCACCAACAGCAGCAGCAGCAGCAGCAGCAGCAUUUGCAUCACCUGCAGCAGCAUCAGGCGCAUCACGGGCUGGGCCAUGCGCCCGGCACUUCCACUUCCGGCGCUUCCGUUCAUACCGCUGCCGCGGAGUCGCGCUUUCCGCUCGGCUCUGCCGCCGCCAUGGCCGCUGCCGCCAUGGAGCUGAGCGUCGCAGCUGCAGCUGAGCCGCGUCUGCCGCCGCCGCCGCCGCACCAUCAUCAUAGCGGACCACCCACCGGCGGCAGCGCAGCCUCGCUGGCGGACGAUAUGGAGAUCAAGCCGGGCAUUGCGGAAAUGAUACGCGAGGAGGAGCGGGCAAAAAUGAUGGAGAACUCGCACGCUUGGAUGGGCGCCACCGGCUCCACGCUAGCAGCAGACAGCUAUCAAUAUCAGCUGCAGUCGAUGUGGCAAAAAUGCUGGAACACCAAUCAGAAUCUGAUGCAUCAUAUGCGCUUUCGGGAGCGCGGCCCGCUCAAAUCGUGGCGGCCCGAGACGAUGGCCGAGGCCAUAUUCAGCGUGCUGAAGGAGGGCCUGUCGCUGUCGCAGGCGGCGCGCAAAUAUGAUAUACCCUAUCCGACGUUUGUGCUGUAUGCGAAUCGGGUGCACAAUAUGCUGGGACCGUCGAUCGAUGGCGGGCCCGAUUUGCGGCCGAAGGGGCGCGGGCGGCCGCAGCGCAUACUGUUGGGCAUCUGGCCGGAUGAGCACAUCAAGGGCGUCAUUAAGACGGUCGUUUUUCGCGAUACCAAGGACUUGAAGGACGACAGUUUGGGCGCGCAUCUGCCACCGUACGGCCGCCAUUCGCCCGUGUUUCCCUUGCAGGACAUGACGUUAAGCUAUCCAGGCGCUAGUGGCGGCAUGCCGGUCGGCGGCGCCGCCAGCCUCGGCGCUCUGGCCUGCCCGAAUGGCAUGGGCAGCGGCGGUGGAGGAGGCGCUGCCGUUGGGGCAGGCGGCGGUGGUGGGGAUCAGCAAAUGUCCCAGGAGCAAAUGUCAGCGGUGGCCGCCGUUGCGCACAAUAUACGUCAGCAGAUGCAAAUGGCCGCCGCAGCGCAGCAUCAGCACGGGGAGGCGGGGCCGCCGCCGCCGCCGGGGGCUCUGUUCAAUUUGCCGCCGCAUCUGGCGGGUGGCGGCGGGCCGGGCAGGGCCAGUAUAUCGCCGGCAUUGAGCAGCGGCUCAAAUCCCUCAAUGGGACCGCGGCAUGCGCCCUCGCCCUGCGGUCCCGCCGGCCUCAUGCCGAAUCUGCCGCCCAGCAUGGCCGUUGCACUGCAUCGUGAUCCGGCCGCCGCCGCGCUGCUCAGCCAGCAGCAGCAGCAUCACCUCCAGCAGCUCCAGCUGCAUCAGCAGCACCAGCAACAGCAGCAACAACAACAACAACAGCAGCACGCUUUACACCAGCAACAGGCGCAGGCACCACACAAAUCCGGUUUCGGUGCCAGUUCCAUGCCCACAGCCAGCGCUGGCUCCUCCGUUGCCCAGCAGCAGCAGCAGCUGGACAAGUCCAAGUCGAAGGGUAGUCCGCUGCGCAGCGAGACGCCGCGCCUGCACUCGCCGCUCGCCGAGCUGGGCCUGGAGCUGGGCUACAAGCGCGAGUUCUCGCCCACGCGCCUCUUUGCCGAGGAUCUGGCUGAGCUGGUGGGCGUGGCGCCCGCCUCGACAAGCAGCGCAACGACGCCGUCAACCGGUCAACCCACAGCCGGAGUAAGCGGAGCGACCACCACGGACAUCUGCUCCGGCAGCAGCAGCGGCGGCGGCGGCAUCAAGGUGGAGCCCAUUACGACAAGCAGCGAGUAAAGGACCUACCAAAAAAAAACUCCCAACUCAAACUAAACAAUCAAACGCGCGCCAGAAAAAGUGCUGCCCAUUUCUGGUGCGAAAGCUUUGCAGCAAGCGCAAGCAGCAUUAAAAGUGUUACCCAUUUCUUUCAAGCAAUUGAGAUUUGAGAAUUGAAUUUUUCAAAUAUUUGAUUUAACUUUUUACUAAAUAGUAUUUAAAAGGAAAUGCAUAUAUAUAUAAAUUUGUAUAUUUAUUGAUGUGCAUUUCGAACGCGCGUUCCUCGUUUUUUGUCGGUCCACAUGAAUUUUAUUGCAAAGUUUCUAAUUUAAAAUGAACUACGUAUUAAAAACUAAAUCAAAAGUAUUAUUAUGUUA